AUGCUUUCAACCAUCGCAACACAAGUCACCCUUGCACUUUUCUUGGGUGUUACCAACGCUCUCCCAAGUUCCAAUGCAAGCCCAAACUUCGAUACUCGCACAUCCGUGCAGCAUGGCUACAUAAAUGUAGUCGCCGCAACAUUGUGGACCGACCCCAGCAAGCCACGCGCAAUAGAUGAGCCGGCACUGACACACCCGGUGCAACUGGAGAAAUGGCUCAGCUCCAUGAACGUGACGGAGUACCGCGACCUUACCAGUAACAGCCGGACCCAGACCCAGGCGCUGUAUGGUGCACGGGUGGAAAUCCUCGACUAUGAAAGCGGUUGGUACGAGGUGGCCGUGCCUGGCCAGGCGACACCGAAGAACAAACUGGGAUACCCUGGCUGGGUUCCUGCCUCCCAAGUGUCGUUUGAUAAGCACUACGGAAAGUUGCAAUCAAGCAAACCUUUUGUAGCAAUCGACAAGGCCGCCACGGUUUCACUUUACCGCGAUCCGGGCUUGAAGUCGAAGCUUAUAGAAAUCACCUACGACACGAGGCUCCCAGUCAUGAGGGAGAGAGGAUCAGUCAUUGAAGUUGCAGUACCCGAUGUUGGCACGGCCUAUUUGUCCGCUCACGACGCUACCAUCUAUAAAUCUACGUCAGAAAUCCCCUACCCGACGAGCCUUGAUCUGAUCAACACAGCCAAAUUGUUCCUUGGUCUUCCUUACCUCUGGGGCGGUACGUCAGGAUUUGCCUUCGACUGCUCAGGUUUCACGCACACCCUCUACCACUCGCAUGGCAUUUCCAUUGCCCGUGAUGCUGAUGCCCAAGCCGACUUCACUGGUCAUGGCACUCGAGUGGAAAAGGAAGAUUUGCAACCAGCGGAUCUCAUGUUCUACGCGAGUAAUCUCAGCAAUCCAAGCACUAUCUAUCACGUUGCAAUGUAUAUUGGCGAUGGAAAAAUGGUAGAGGCAUACGAUGCAGGGACCCCAGUGAGAAUCACGCCGGCUCGUUUCGGCGAAGAAUACUGGGGAGCAGAGCGGUUCCUAGCACACUGA